UCUAAUAGUAUUAUAUUUUAAUUCUUUUGAAUAACGGUGAUAUAACCUCUAAAUUCAGAGCUUAAAUGUUGAAAGUUUUCUCCACAUUAUUAACGCAUAUCGAAAGACCAUUAUACACAUCUAUAAUGGCGAAAAGUAAAUUCGAAUAUGUAAAAUCUUUUGAAAUUGAAGAUAAAGUGUUACCCAAUUGUUGGAUAGUUGUUCGGAUUGAUGGCCAGCAUUUUCACAAGUUUUCAGACAAACAUAAGUUUGAAAAACCCAAUGAUAUAAGAGCCUUAAAGUUAAUGAAUAAAGCUGCAAUUAGGGUAAUGAGUGAAUUUAAGGACAUCUCAAUUUCAUAUGGACAAAGUGAUGAGUAUUCAUUUGUGCUACGAAAGGAUACUCAAUUGUACAAUAGAAGAGGUUCAAAAAUAAUGACUUACAUCAAUAGCUUAUUUACAUCUAGCUAUGUAUAUUAUUGGAAGGAAUAUUUUGAGGACAAGAAGCUGUUGUAUCCCCCAUCAUUUGAUUCUCGCAUUGUUUUGUAUCCAACUGAUGAAAACAUCAGAGAUUACUUGAGCUGGAGACAAGCAGAUUGCCAUAUUAACAAUUUAUACAAUACUACAUUUUGGACUUUAAUACAGAAGGGUGGAUUGACCAAUGUGGAGGCUGAACAACGUCUAUGUGGAACAUUUUCAAGUGAUAAAAAUGAGAUUUUAUUCACUGACUUUGGUAUAAACUAUAACAAUGAGGAUGAAAUUUAUAAGAAAGGAACGAUUUUAUUAAAAAAACGGAUUACGCAUCCUAGAUCUGGGAAAAAAAGACAAGUUAUAUUACCAUUGCAUGAAGAUUUAAUAGGUAAUAAGUUUUGGGCACUUAAUUCAGAAAUUUUAGACAUCAAGUCUCCUGAAUUCUAUGAAUGGAAUGGAGAUUUACCAAAGGAAAUUUUAAUACAAUUGCACAUUUAUGAUGAAAAUGAUGAAAAAAUGGAAAGCAAUGGAUAAUUAAAUAGAUUAAAAUUUUAUACAUAAGUAUUUCAUUUAUAUC